AUGCACGUGGAUCCGAACACCAGCAUCGCGGCCCAGCGCGUGCUAGCGGCGCACAAGGCGAAGCACCUGCACGUGGAGGUCGAUUCCCCAUCUGGCGUCCCCUCGCACGGGGGGAACUCGAGCGGGGCUAUCGGGACAGGAGAGGGUCCGGAGUUCCGCGAGCCCGCGCAGCAGCAGCUUCCGCCGAUUCAGGGGCAGGCGGCUCCAGGCGAGGGGGCUACCGUUCCGCAGCCGCUACUGUCAAAGUCAGGCCGACCUGUUGUGCGGUGCCAGUGGUGCUCCCAGAUGCUCGCCGUCCCGCCAAAACUGGAGCCGAGAGACGGAGUUCAGAAACUGCGUUGUGGAAAGUGCCUCAAGAUCUCCAAGUUCUCGGUCUUCUUCCCUCCCGCGGGCGGCGUUCCUGUGCUCAUGCCCCUUUCCGCCUCUGGCCCUCUCCCCGGUCCGCCCUCUGUAGCUGUUUCGCGUGUUGCGGCCCAGAGCCAGCAACCCCUACUUGUGCAGCCACAGUUGCAGCAGCAGCAAGGACAGGCGGUGUCGGAGGAGAAGUGGUUGCAACAGCCGCCGCAAGGUGUGGCCCCGCUGCACGCUUUCCAGCAACAGCCGCAGGGCAUGAGUUCCGUGCAGCCGCAGCAAGCACGGCAGCCUUCGCCGCAGCUCAUGCCGCAGCAGCAGCAGCAGCAGCAGCAGCAGCAGCAGCAACAACAGCAUGCAGCGGUGCAGGGUUAUGGGCAGGGUGCGCUAGUGCAGCAGAUGGGCGGGUUGAGCAUGGGCGAGUCGUUCAGUCAACAGCCGUACUCUAUGGCGCCUCAGAUGCCGCAAGGGAUGAGCCAGCAGGGAGUGGUGCAGCAGGGCAUGGGGCAACAGGGCAUGGGGCAGCAAGGCAUGGGGCAGCCAGGCAUGGGGCAGCAGGGGAUGGGGCAGCAAGGCAUGGGGCAACAGAGUAUGGGGCAGGUGUAUCAGCAGCAGGCUCAUGCACCUGGGCAUAUGCACCCUCCACAACAACAACAACAACAACAACAAGCGGUAUCUCAAUACCAACAACAGAUGGUUGGGGGAGCGCAGCAGCAGUAUGCCAACUUCACACAGCCAGGCAUAACUGGGCCUGGAGGCUCAGGCCCUCCGCAGCAGCAUCAGCAGCCACUCCACCCAUACCAGCAGCAGAGCCCCAUGCAGGGUCGCAGUCACAUGGGCAAGGUAGCAUACGGGCAUCAAGCACCCAGACCUCCUCUAUCCGGGGGGAGCAUUGGGGGGCAUAUGGAGAGUGAGGAGGGCUUGCCAAGGCAAGGGUCAGGGAAACGGUUCCCCAAGCAGCCGCCACAGCCCCCCAUGGACCCACAAGCUGCCACCAGACGGUACCUCACAGGCCCAGGGAAGUCCCUGGCGGCAUCAGUAGGCUUUAGAAGCGCGUCCCUCAAUGAACACCAGAUGCAGCAGCAGCAGCACGGGGGUGCGGGGAUGGGGCCGCCUGCAGACCUGCCCUUCAGGCGCACUGCCACGGAGUACAGUGGGCCGCCCGGGCGGGCAGAUGCGAUGACGGUGGCGCCUAGAAGCUCCACGCUGGGCGGCGAGGGGCAGUACCGGCGCAAGGUGUAUGUGAACGGGCAGCCCGUGCCAGACAAGCUUGUGUUCUUGGCUGAGAGGCGGAUUGGAACAAUUGAGCCAGGCAGCUACUGGUACGACUGCCGAGCUGGCUUCUGGGGCCCUGUGGGAGGCCCUGCAUUUGGAGUCACUCCGGCGUUUAUGAGGGAGUUUGGCAUGCAGCCGAUGCAGAGUGAUUGUUCUGGAGGCAAGACUAAGGUGUUCGUAAAUGGGAGAGAGCUGCACAAGAAGGACCUUGCUACUCUGAUGAAGAGGGGUUUCCCGGACACUCCUGGUGCUCGGUACACUCUGGAUGCUGAUGGCACAGUCUGCAAUGAGGCAGGCCGACACCUCUUUGCCAUGGGAAAACUGAUGGUGGACAAGAAGAAGGCCAACAACUGUAGUCAUGGCGACCAGAUUAGCUUCUUUUGUUCUUCGUGCAAGAAAGCAGGACUGGCUAAGACCUGGGACGUCCAGAUAUGCCUGGCUUCUAGAGCGACAGUUAACCACGGCUUCCUUAGGUAUGCUGCGGCAUUUGCGAUGCGGAGUCUUGGUCAUAUUCUGAUACUGAUUCUAGUGAAGUCUUGUGCAGGGGACAAACAAGACGAAACCAGCAGGACCCCUCCGAUUAGUGCUUCACAGGAAUCAACUAGUCCUAAGCCGUCUGCGGGAUCAAAACCGAAGCUUCGGCCUUUGCUGCCAAAAGCAGACGGUAGCCUACCAGAGGCCGUCAAAGUCGCCGCUAAGGCCUGCGGAGUGCAAAAUCCGACAGUGAAACGAGUAGCAGAGGGCGUGACGUCUACCACACCCACCAGAGUUUUUGAAGUACCUGAGCUGAUCGAAAAUGACAAAGUUCUCCCAGACAUGUCCCCAGUAGUGGUGCCUAAGGGUUACAUUGAUCCGGUUAUCCCUGAAGUCUGGGGUCGGGUCCAUUCCAUUGAGUCGUUUUCGGCCGUGGACGGGCCUGCCAUUAGAUCCGUAGUCUUCGUGCAGGGAUGUCUAAGGCGCUGUGUUUUCUGUGCCAACCCAGAUACAUGGAGUGUGACAGCCAAGUGUCAACGGCUAUCAUCCAAAGACAUUGCUGCACGGUUGAAGAAAAACUUGGCGUAUUAUAAAGGCGGUGGUGGGGUGACUAUUUCAGGAGGAGAGCCAAUGAUGCAGCCUCACUUUUGCAGUGCUGUUUUCAAGGAGGCUCACCGACUGGGAAUAACAACAGCACUCGACACAGCAGGAUACGGCAGAGCCAAAGACUGGGCUGAAGUUCUUCCACACACUGACACUGUUCUCCUGUGCACAAAGGCCAUGAACCCUAAGCUCUAUUUUGACAUGGUACAAGUGAAGCAGCAGCUGUUUCUGGACUUCGCAAAAGCAGUGGGAGAUUAUGGCGUCCCCAUGGUCAUACGCUUUGUUCUGGUCCCAGGCAUGACUGACACAAAGGAGGAGGUGGAGGGUCUUGUUGAAUGGGCAAAGCAACAGCCAACAUUGGUUGGAAUCGAAAUGCUGCCAUAUCACAGACUAGGGGUCAACAAGUGGGAAGCAUUAGGGCUGAAGUAUCCUUUGGAUGGAAUGGUGCCAAGCCCAAAAGAAGUCGUUGAUAAUUGGCGGCGUCAUGUUGACUCAGCAGCGCGUUCCCGGCACGAUCUGUUGCUGGUUCCAGCUCGUGCCUCCCACGUACUACGAGCAGUAGUCAACGCGGACCACGAAGUAGCAGCAACGACAGCUGGUCAGAUAGAGCAGGCGUCAACCAGCAGCGAACGAGUUGAGAAGGAUGGCCAAUUAGCAGCGUCUGUCCCCUCGCCCGACGAUGGCGUCAUACCGUCAACUCACCACACAUUUGAAGUUGUUCGCGUGACGGAGGAUCCGCAACUCUGGGCAGCAGCGGCUCUCAGAGCAGAAGCUUUAUGCGAGACGGAACCCCAUGUGAGGUUCGUGGACAGCUUCAAGAAACGGUUCACUGAGCAGGAAUUCCACUCAAUGAAACGGCGCAUCAACGGGACUACAGCGCAAUCGAUCCGCUGCGUCUGCCUUGCUGCUGUGCAGACCCAACCAGAAUACAGCAUCAACCAGCUUUCUUUGCAUCAGCGUUCUCCUUCUGCCAGUCCCACUAUUCACACGAAGGACUCCUUGAUAGCAGCUGCUGAAUCAGCACAAUCAGGCAACGAUGCAGCAGCUCUGGAGCACAGGUUGGACGAGGCAGAAGCGGAGAGAGAAACCGUCGAAAUGCCAAAUGGAAGGCAUGGAGCGGAAUUAGCAGCUGCAAAUGCAGCAGGAGGGGUUGCAGGCAGAGGGGUUGUUUCAAGGCAGAAAGUAACUGAGAUGGAGAGAGUGAUGGGUACUCUUGACAUCAGCUUAAGACGACUGGGGUCUAGUGAGAUCUUUCCAGGGGUCGAGCGCCCUCGCGAGUCCUCCAACUUCUUGGUAUCCCUGCCUUCCUCCGCCCUCACUGCUCUCUACACCACGGCCAACGGCCUGCAAGCUGCUGUGAGCGACAUUCAGUCUGCUGUCGUUGACAUUGGAUCUGCUGUGAACGGCAUCCAGUCGGCUGUGAAUGACAUUGGAUCCGCUGCAAACAGCAUCCAGUCGGCUGUGAAUGGUAUUGGGUCGGCUGCAAACAGCAUCAGCAUCCAGUCAGCCGUGAACGGUAUCGGGUCGGCUGUGAAUGGUAUCGGGUCAGCUGUGAAUGGCAUUCAAGCUGAAAUUCGCCGGUACCCUUCCACACUGCCUACCUCUGCCUCCUCUCUCCUCAACAACGCCAUCUCUGACCUCCAGGAUGCAUGGCAGGCAGUGGCGCAGGAGAGUGACGAGAGAGCUCACCAGUUUACUGGCUUAGUGGUAGCUGAAGCCAUCCUUCCGCAGAAAAAUGAGAUGAGCCGGUCGCAGCAGGCAGUCCAGCAGAAGCAGCCGAGUGAAACGAGGGAGCACCAAUUACAUGAGCAAAAACAAGAAGCCCCAAUGGCGGGACAGCAACUACAAAAGCAGAUGCAGCAGCAGCAGCAGCAGCAGCAUGAAUUGCCAGGGCAAGUGGCGUUGGAGCAACCAUACUAUGCGUACAUAUCAAAUGUGUGCGUUUCAAACAAAUUCAGGCGACAAGGGAUUGCUGCAGCUCUCAUGCGUGCUGCAGCUGACAUUGCAGCAGAAUGGGGUGCUGAAGAGGUAUAUGUCCACGUGCAUGCGUCAAACACAGCAGCGCAUCAUCUCUACCACCAGCUGGGCUAUCAACUUCUUGAAACCCCAGCAGCGCCCAGUGCCCACAUCUUCCCCGUGUGGAAGCCAUCAGGAAACCAUCGGUUUCCGAGCAACGCCCACGAAAAACCAAGCAGCUUCGUCCAUCCAGUCUGGGCUGCUUCAUUCAGGCACGGAAUUUGGCUUUGUCGUAUUUCUGUGACAGGCUUCUGGCUCAACUCUGGCUUUCUGAUCUUCGCUUGCUUGCAUCUUGUUCUUGCGUUUCUUGUCGCCGCACCUUCCAUGGCGGAUAUAUUUGAGGAGGAGGAGGAGGCGCUGACGGCAGACGAGUACGAAGAGAGAGUCGAGGAAGCGUUCGCGGUGCUCGGUGCGGAUGAUCCCGACAAGUGCACAUACGACAUGGGCUACCGUAAGCGACAGGCUCUCUAUUCCUGCCUUACGUGCGUUCCUCCGCCCAAAAUUCAAACUCCUUCCAAGGAAACUGAAGAAAGCGGUGGAGGAACUGGAGGAAGCAGUCGUGAGGAUCCACGAGGAAUAUUGCCUGAUGAUUGGAAGCCGGCUGGAAUUUGCACUUCAUGCUCACUGAAGUGUCAUGAUGGGCAUGAGCUUGUGGAGCUCUAUACGAAGCGUCGGUUCCGGUGUGACUGUGGCACAUCCAAGUUUCACGGGUCGGUUGUUCCUUCAUGCCAGCUGAAACCUGACAAAGAUCCUUUGAACGAGCGCAACGAGUACAACCAGAAUUACGCGGGUGUAUACUGCAACUGUCGAAGGCCGUAUCCUGAUCCAGAGGCUGAAGCCCAAGACGGAGAAACGGACAUGAUACAGUGUGUUGUGUGCGAAGAUUGGUUCCAUGAGCAUCAUCUGGGCCUUGAGCCCGGGUUUGAGGCUCCUGAGGAAUUUUCGAACUUGAUUUGUGACCACUGCGCCUCCUUGACGUGCCGUUUCUUGAAGUUGUAUCCUCACCUCCUGCUAGCUCCAGAGCGUGCUGGUGACGUUUCUUCAUGUGGGAAUGAAAACGAAAUCAAAGUGGUGAGCAAAGAGGAAGCGGAUGCCAAUGGGGACGAAGCAAGUAUCGAAGUUCCAGACAUCAAAGUAUGCAAUGAAGCAGUAGCCGCUCAUGGACAUCAUGCUGAGGAUGUGGAUGCUGUCAAACCUCAGCAGUCUUGCUCAUCUCAUGAAGGCCCUCUUGAUGUACGUCCUGGUCGGGAAACAAUGGUCGCAGACAGUGAAGCAGACUGCAAGCUAGCCUCUAUUCUGAGGGGGCGAACUUUAAGCUCUUUUUUCAAAAGAAAAACUGCGGGUGACUCAACAAGCACUGCGAAGGUUGAACACUUGCCAACGGGUCCGAAUGUCACUGAUGGUUCUGUAGAGGCAACUAGUGGAGUUGCAGACGCCGAUGCUGGACUCGGCUCAGAUGAUUCCGAAGUCGGCCCUCUUUUUCUAACAGUUGGGUGGAGGGCCUCCAUCUGCAACUGCCAAGAUUGCACCAGGUUCUACAAGGAGCAAGGGGUGGACUUCCUAGUUGAUGUCGAGGAUACUGUCGAAUUUUAUGAGGAAGAAGCAAAGAAGAAACGGCAACAGAAGGAGGAGGAAGCUAGUGUACAGGUUGAAGCUCAGUUUCAGAGCAUGGACCGGGUUGCUCAGUUGGAAAUCAUUCAUGGCCUGAACAGCUUCAAGUCCGACUUUCAGAAGUUUUUGACAAAAUUUGCAGGUACAGACCAUGUGGUUACUGCACAAGAUGUCAAGCAAUUUUCCGAGGAGCAGAAAGCAAAGCGCGUGCGUCAUUCAUGA